AUGGAGAUACGGGGAUAUACCCCUCACAGAAGAUGUGAUAUACGACAGCAUCUUGCUAUAAACCUAGGUUACCUACCUGGUAUGUAGGUAGGUAGUAAAGGUAGGACGAGAUGCCAAUAGAUUUCAUAUCUCAACUCGACCUUCUGAAAAUCUGUCAAUCAAGAGAUUAUAGUGCUUAAGAUACACCAUGGUCCAGUCAACGAAAGGAAUGAACUGUGCCUCUGAGGCAGUGGAUGUGGUCAUCGUCGGUGCCGGAGUAUCAGGCAUAAACACUGCAUACCGGCUCCUAACAGAGUUCCCUGGUGUACGGCUCACUAUCCUCGAGGCUCGGGACGAUAUUGGUGGAACUUGGGAUUUGUUUAGAUUUCCCGGAGUCAGAUCAGAUUCCGACCUUUAUUCAUACGGUUUCACCUGGCACCCUUGGCCGUUCCCCCAGCCCGUUGCUGAAGGCCCUCUUAUCAAACAAUACUUGAAGGACUGUGCCUCCCAGCACGGCGUGAGCCAGUAUAUACGGUUACAGCACAAGGUAUUGAGUGCAGAUUGGUCACAGGACGUCCAGGAAUGGACAGUGACCGUCAACCAUGACGAUCUACUCAUAAACAUUACGGCAAACUUUCUUGUCCUGGGUUCAGGCUACUAUGACUACAACACUCCGCUUCAGACGGUGAUUCCUGGGUUGGAAAACUUCAAAGGAAAGGUCAUCCAUCCACAGUUUUGGCCGGCUAACUAUGAUCAUCAAAACAAAAAGAUGGCCGUCAUCGGAAGCGGAGCUACAAGUGUCAGUCUAUUCCCUGCCUUAGCAGAAACAGCCGCGCAAGUAACCAUAGUGCAGCGAAGUCCGUCCUAUGUUAUCUCUACCUCGCAUUUGGGUCCGCUACUGUCUCCCUUGCUGGAAUUCCUGCGCUUCCCUUCAUCCUGGCGAAGCUGGUUGGAAAGGAUAUGGAUCACAUUCCUGCAUCAAAUUAUAGCACUGCUCACCGAAUAUUUUCCUACACAAUCGAGGGCCUUUCUUCGGAAGUUAACGAUCCCACAAUUGCCAAAGGGGUACGACCACGAUAUUCAUUUCAACCCUACGUACAACCCUUGGGAGCAACGUCUAUGUAUAUGUCCCGACGGUGAUUUCUUUCAGUCACUCCAUAAACCAAAUGCCAGUAUCGUCACAGGACUGAUCGAUAGGGUCACGGAUGACUCCAUCAAAAUGCAAGACGGCACAGUGAUUGAUGCAGACGCCAUCGUGACAGCCACGGGAAUUACGAUGAAACUCGGCGGGGAUAUCGACAUAUCAGUCGACGGCAAGAAGAUAAGGUGGGAAGACAGAAUCAUAUGGAACGGCUGUAUGCUUAAUAAUGUUCCAAACUUGGUGUUCGUCUUCGGAUACACGAAUUUCGCAUGGACUUUGGGCGCUGACAACACUGCACGUACUCUCAUCCGUCUUAUGAAGUUGAUGAAGUCGAAGGGGUUUAAGUCUGCGAUCCCGCGACUCCCAGGCCCCGGCUUUAUCGAGACACAGAGGAUGUGGCGCUUGAACUCAACUUAUUCUGUACGAGCCUCUCGCUACCUUCCCAAAUAUGGAACAACGGGGCCGUGGAAGCCGAGAAUCCACGCAUUUCUUGAUGAGGCAACUUCCCGAUGGGGAAGCGUGACGGACGGGUUGGAAUUUACCGUUUAAUUUUCUUCCAGCCGGUGGGAUAAGUGGAAAGGGACGGCCUAAGCAGACUGGGCCUAGGUGUAGGUUCGCCACACGCACAUACCAAACGACCUGGAGGAUACACCAUGGCGAUACAAGGGGAGUUAACGACGGAGAUAACAACUAGGUCACAGACCACCGGUAGUUGGCAUAGAUUGAUUCUGGCUGUUUCGGGUUUUUUGGAGAGGGCUACCGCUUCUAAUAUAUAAUAUGGACAUAAGCACUACGCUUCGAAAUACAAUACUAGUUUG